AUGGAUCGCCGGAGAAAAACUUCCGGUACUUCGGCCACGCCGCAUUUACUAGUCACGAAGCCCUGCGCUCUCCUGAACCAUCUGCUCGUGCUCCUCCUAGCCUGCGGGUCUGUCGUAGCGUCAAACGAGACCAGCGACACCUCCUGGGACGUUCAGUGCCCCCUCGUCUGCAAGUGCAGUCUCGAAGCCUCCAUGAACAUGGGCUUGAAACUCAAGACUGCCAACUGCUCAGGUCGAGGCUUGAGGACAGUACCGACAGGCCUACCCGCAGACACCCAGGUCUUGCUCUUAAACGGAAAUCAACUGACGGACCUCCACAACCAGAUUCCGUCGCUCCGAAGUCUCGUUGAACUGGACCUUUCGCGGAACCACAUCAAGCAGCUUGGCCGAGGCAUAAUCUUCCACAACAUCAGCAGGCUCAAGUUCCUAGACCUGUCCCACAACGAGUUCAAGACCCUGUUCAACGGUGUCUUCAGAGGCGUCGUCCGGCUCGAGACGCUCCUCAUGAACAACGUGCAGAUCAAGUUCAUGGAGGAGCGGGUCUUUGACGGAAUGCGACAGCUUCGAGUGCUCACAGUGGACCGCAACCAUCUGCCCGCCAUCUACCCCGAGUGGUUCCAAGACCUGUUCGCGCUCGAGAGCCUCUCACUCUCGCACAAUCACAUCUCGUACGUGUACUCCCGCGUGUUCCUCCUGCUGCACCGCCUCCGGCAUCUGUCCCUGUCUCACAACCACAUCCGAGGCCUCAGCGACCAGGCCUUCCUUGGCCUGGACAACCUCACCUCGCUGCACCUGGAGAGUAACCAGCUCACCCGCGUGCCUGCGCAGGCACUGCAAAAACUCCAUGGACUGCGCACGCUCCAGAUCGGUAGCAACCCGUUCACGGGAUUUCGAUCCGGGAACUUUGUGCGUCUUCCCGUGGUGGAACUUAGCGCCGACCACGUGCCCACGUUGACCGUGAUCGAGCGCGGCGCGUUUCGAGACUUGCCCCGCCUGCAGUUGUUGCGGCUGCACGACAACGUCCGGCUCCAGUACGUGGACACCGAGGCGUUCGUCAACGUUCCGUCCCUCCGGGAGCUGUACCUCCACCAGAAUAACCUUUCCGCUCUCAGCGAAGACUUGUUCCGCAAUGUGUCCGCUCCUUUACAGGUUUCUCUGCACGGCAACCCGCUUCUCUGCGACUGUAAUGUUCGUUGGGCGGUUGAGGCCGUGUCAGCCCUAUCAAACACGUCCGUUCACUUUAUGCAACCCGAAGACCUGGCUUGCCACAGGCCGGAGCCGAUGGCAGGCCGCCUUCUUCGAAACCUAUCGCUGACCGAGUUACCCGUGGAGUGCGCGCCCUACCUGGUCGGCACCGUGAACAGCACGGUGCAGCGGAAGAUCGGUGACGCCCAAGUGUUUCAGUGCUACGCGCUCGGCCUUCCGGCGCCCAAAGUGCGUUGGGUCCUACCCAACGGUCGGGUCUGCAACGACACGGGCAACGACGUGCAUGUUCAGUUCAAGCCUCCUGGGAGUCUGACCAUCUACCAUUUAAAACCCAUGGACGUGGGGCCAUACAAGUGCAUCGCCGAGAACGCGCUCGGCAGCGUGGUCAAAGUGGUCGAUCUUGUGGUCGAGAACAUCGACAUCCACAUCUUUCCCCAGGGCAUUCUUGCCACGUCUGUGAAUGUCGUGUGGAACGGAACGGCACGGAACACAUUUCCCAAGUACGAAAUACAGUACCAUCUGGACGACGGCAAAGACUACUUCCCCCAGGGCCCCAAGAACGUGGACGAUUCUUCCGUCAAGGACGUUGGGGCGACAGGACGCUUCGGAUCGGUGACGGUGAGCAAGUUUUACAGGUCGUACACCAUCAACAACCUGCAGCCGGACACCAAGUACGUUUUCUGCAUCGCCGUCAAGGACGAGGAAGGUGGCUCUCACGUGAAGCUCUCGUGCACGCGCGCUCGGACGAGAGACGCUAGCUUCAUGCUGCAAGGCAUCCACUACACGAGCAACGUGGCCGUGGCGGUCGUGCUGGGCAUCGUGUCCGCCAUGAUCCUGGUGCUGUGUGCGGCGACUCUGGCGGCGCGUAGAUACCGUCACAGGCAGUACGAGACGCCCCAGAAGUCUUUAGUCAGUAACACUGCCUCGCAAAUUAUGCCUCUCGAAAGCCUGUACAGUCCGCUCAUGGCCAACGUUGGGUCAUGAAGUUGAGCCGCCUCGACUAGACUACAACACGGAGAUUCCUAGUCACUCAACGACAUCAUCUAAGUGCAAAGUAUCGCAUCUAAUACGCACGCUAAUGUGACUCGUUAGUUUGGUGAGCUGUGACAGUUUAGUUUUGGUUUAUUUGUUUAACUAGUCCAGCUCCUAUGCGGAGCACCUAUUCUUGUGUGUAACCAAGGUUAUGAAAAGCUGUCCUUGCACAUUUCUUAAGCUCCUUGCAGUACGAGGUGCAGCCCCG